AUGACUCCCACAACUGCACCAUUCCUCAUCUACAGCGAGCCUGAUAAGCUUGCUUCACGCAGGCAGGACGACCAACUCCUCUGCAUGUCACAGCCGGCAAACUCUUCCAGAAGAUCCCCUCGCGGAUCGCGUCGACGAAGAACCGAGGACGAAACAUCUCACUCGAAAGACGAGAAUGAUUCAUCUUCGUCCGCAGCCGCGUCUCCUGGCUCUUGGAAUGUCGAUCGAGGGAGAUCAAGGGUCAGACGACCGUCAAAUCCCUUCUCUGAGGAGAGUUUGAGGAGGAGAGGCUACCACACAGUUGUCACCCCUUCCCUUCAUAAAGUAUUUCAUUUGGAACGACGGUGGAAGCUGGUACGAGAGUUGGGUUCCGGCGCUUAUGGAGUAGUUAUUUCUGCCGCCGAUGAAAUAUCCAGUGAAACAGUCGCUAUAAAACUCGUCACUCGCGUUUUCGAGAAGAUCCAAUUCGCUAAAAGGGCGCUUCGGGAGAUCGCCCUACUGCGGCACUUCUCGCACCAUGGCAAUAUCACUGGUCUUAUAGACGUCGAUGCGAUAUCCCCAGAUUUUUCCGAAAUCUAUAUUUUCAUGGAGCCCAUGGAAGCCGACCUUCACCAAAUAAUUAGAUCUGGGCAAACCCUCACUAACGAGCAUGUGCAAUAUUUCACGUACCAGAUCCUUCGAGGCAUGAAGUACAUUCACUCGGCGGGGGUCAUCCACAGAGAUCUAAAACCCGGGAAUCUCUUGGUCAAUGCUGACUGUGAACUCAAAAUUUGUGACUUUGGCCUCGCGAGAGGCUAUGAUGCGACCCCAGACGAGCAUGCCACCCAUCUAACGGAGUAUGUCGCAACGAGGUGGUAUCGCGCACCGGAAAUUAUGUUGGCGUAUAGGAAGUAUAACACCGCCAUCGAUGUCUGGUCAAUAGGUUGCAUCCUUGCAGAACUUUUGAUUGGCGCACCAUUAUUCAAAGGGAAGGAUUAUGUGGACCAGUUGAACAAAAUAUUCGCUGUGCUUGGGACACCUGAUGCCAACGUCAUCCGCAAGAUUGGCAGCCCCAAGGCACAGGCAUACGUCCGAUCUCUACCAAUCAAGAAGGUUGUUCCUUUCAAGAAGAUCAUGCCAAAGGCUGACUCCCAAGCUCUCGAUCUUCUCGGGAAAAUGCUCUUUUUUGAUCCAAGUGACCGUGUGACCGUCCCAGGAGCACUUGAACAUGACUGGCUAUCAGCUUAUCAUGACCCAGAAGACGAGCCGGAUUGCCCCGCGAAAUUCGACAAGUGGCGCGAGAUUGAGACGCUGGAAACUAUGGAGGAGUUUCGUGAAGCCCUUUGGACCGAAAUCGAGGACUACCGGAGAGAAGUUCGAGGGCUGGAUAUUGAACUCUCUGCUCUUGGGUCUAUCUCCUCGUCGCCUCCACCAUUACCGGCCCCCUCGCAUAUGGAUGCGUCAGCUUCACCAGCUGUUAAAUUUGAAGAGAACAUGUUCCAAGCAAGCCCAAGUGAAUCACAGGUCACAAGCCCUGCUCAAGAAUCAAUUUCUACUGCACCAGAGAGCGAGGCUGUCACUGAAAGGUUGAAAGAGGCUGAGGACAUCCUGCCAGACAGGUUGCCUUCGAUCAGCCCAGAAAGCCAUCGUCGCUCUAUUACGACGCCUACCGACCCCGUAAUGACAUAUGCACGACGUUCAAGCAUCUUGCAACCUUCUCGUCAAGGUUCGACAUACAACUCUCCAUUACCAUCCUCUCAUGUUCCAGGAUUCGUGCUCGAAGGUUCAAGCGAUAAGCUGGGGCCCGGAACAGUGCCUUUUCCGACCCAAGGAUAUGUGGUUCCAGCACGGUCUCGGACGGGAUCAACCACAGGUGGCGAAGUUACGCGCAAGCUGCUCCGAACACUAUCGACGGUCUCGAUUCAUGAAAGCAUGGACGGUUGGCCCGGUGGUCUAGCAGGCAAAGCGCCGAUUGGAAGGUAUAUUACGGAAGUGAAUACUGAAGCAGAUGCACCUCCUUCAGAGGUCACGAAGGAUUUCGGCAUCGAGUCGGAAUUAGAUCUAGAGGAAGGGUCAGCAAAAAAACCUGCUGGGCGGUUUCAGCUUGGAUAG